GAGAAAAACAAACCACCGACGGGAUCAACUGAUUUCACGCGGCGUCUCCAACCUGACUACUUCACACACAUCACACACAGUACAGCACUGUAUGUAAUCUGGAUCGCCGGCAGAGAAGCUAAUCUGCAAUGGCAAAUUGUGUCCGUUUAAUUUCUUCUAUUCUCCAUCUCCUCAUCGUGGUUUUGUUGCUACUGAACGACGCCGUGCUAUGCAAAACGCUUAAGCGAGACGUGAAGGCAUUGAAUGAAAUAAAGGCAUCACUUGGAUGGAGAGUGGUGUACGCUUGGGUUGGAGACGAUCCUUGUGGAGAUGGCGAUUUGCCUGCUUGGUCUGGGGUAACGUGUUCCCCUGUGAGUGGUAGCGACUAUCGGGUUGUUACUGAAUUGGAAGUGUAUGCAGUUUCUAUCGUUGGUCCUUUUCCUCUUGCGGUCACCAAUCUGAUGGAUCUUACUAGGCUGGAUCUUCACAACAACAAACUCACAGGACCAAUUCCGUCUCAAAUUGGACGACUGAAGCACCUCAAGAUUCUUAAUUUGAGGUGGAAUAAACUCCAAGAUUCUAUUCCUCCUGAAAUUGGUGAACUAAAACAGCUUACCCAUCUCUAUCUGAGCUUUAAUAAUUUCAAAGGUGAAAUCCCAAAGGAGCUUGCAAAUCUUCCACAACUCCGUUAUCUUCAACUGCAUGAAAAUCGUUUGAUUGGGAGAAUUCCUCCUGAAUUGGGAACCUUAACAAACUUGCGGCACUUGGAUGUUGGUAACAAUCACUUGGUUGGGACCAUAAGGGAACUUAUUCGUAUUGAAGGAUGCUUCCCAGCUCUUCGUAAUUUAUAUCUAAAUAAUAAUUACCUUACUGGAGGAGUCCCAUCACAGCUUGCUAAUUUGACAAAUUUGGAGAUCUUAUAUUUAUCCUACAACAAAAUGUCUGGAGUUAUACCAUUUGGGGUUGCUCAUAUUCCUCGAUUAACCUACUUGUACUUGGAUCACAACCAGUUUACCGGGAGGAUACCUGAUACCUUCUACAAGCACCCAUAUUUGAAAGAAAUGUACAUUGAAGGAAAUUCAUUCCGACCAGGCGUGAAACCGAUUGGGGAACACAAAGUUUUGGAGCUUGCUGAUUCAGAGUUUCUGGUUUAGGAGAUGAAUCGCCCUAAGUUCUGGCUAGUAUUAUUUUUACUAAUAUUUAUUUAUUUUUCCGUUGUAAUCGUACGAACCCAUGCCCUGCUUCAGAAGAUUUGAUUCAAAAUUAUUUAUGUAAGCAUGCAUCUAUCCCAAGUAAAGCAUCAUAUGGGACUACGGCCUCUCCACUGUGUAUAGAUAUUACACUUCUUUUUGCAGUUCAAAUAGUAAUUUUCUCAUUA